AUGGGAGUAGUUUGGAGAGGCCCUGGAGAACGACUUUCGGACGGCUUCGAAGCGAUUCUGGGCCACGGUUUUAGGACGGGGAAACAGUGGGCUGUCAACACCGUGCAUGGUGGGGACGGCCCACCAACACAUCGUCCAAUGAGGAAGCUGUGCCCGGGCUCUCCUAUUUCUGGGGCUGAAUUAGCUGAGGGACCUGAGAAGCUGACUCGGAGGAUAGCGGGCGAAGUUCUGCACCUGGCGUCCUGCGAGCCGUGCGGCCUGCGAGGCUGUGUUCUGUACGUGCUCCUGGAGCUGGACAAGGGCUGCCAGCAGCUGGAGCGCAUCGUGUGCGACGCCAGCGUUGUGCCCACCUUUGAGAUGACUCUGGUGUUCAAGAAGGACGGCACAGCUUGGCCCAGCCUGCGGUACUUCCUCUUCAUGGGCACCUACUUCGCCCCCAACUUCAGACGCGCACUUAAACUGAGCCCAGGUUUCCGCCUGGUCAAAAAAAAAAAGAACAAUCCCUGUGAAGGUUGUGGCAGAUAG